AUGGAUCCAUCACCACGUAGCACCGGCUCAUACUACAUCGGCACUCUGGCCUUCAUCAAGGCAUACGCCGAAGCCAACUUCGAGUCCCCGACCUGGACCGUCAAAAUGAAGCGCACCCGCGACCCUGAACAAUCAGAGGCAGCAGAGGACGACGCUGGCCAUGUCAACGUCGACGUUCCUCGUAUCAAAAGUCCACUACAGAUCACCGUGGAUUCGACUGUUUAUCGAUUCUGGCGCAUGCGCACGGCAGGGCCACCGGCGUGUCCGGAGCCAGGUUUCUUCAUGGCUCGAAGGCCGCCAUUCCAUGCAUGGCUGAAUGAUAGAGCGCGCACCUCCUACGAAAGAACAAAGCUGCCAGUGAGGCUCAGGGAGAUCAUGAAGUUGAACGACAGCGGAAAGGCGCCCAGGGCACUACACGUCGAGGCGUCGCCGGAUUGUCCCGCAGAUGAAAAAGAUGCCAAGAACGAGGGUCAAGCCGCCCAUGCGGAGAGCCCAUCGCCUGGGAUUUAA